CAUUGUCGUCAUUUUAAUCAUUAUCAUCGUCGCAGCAGCAACCCAAUCAUCCAUUGAAAGUGGAGCAAGUGCGGCGACCUGCUCAGUUCAGCUUAUGUAAUAUACCAUACCAAUAAUGUAUGUAUGUCUAGGCAUAAAUAUGGACACUUACAAGUAGGUCAGCCACGCCCUCGCCCUAGCCCUCUAAUAGACAGUCAGACAGACAGGUAAGCCACUUGCUGUCACGUUGAAUUUCAGAGCAAUUGUAAAAUUGAUUUGCCACGAUCAAAGAGAUAGAGAAAUGGAUAACUGAAAGUCACGCAAAAGCCAAUCGCAUUAAGCGAAACGGGUUUAUUUCGACUAGAUUGCGGGCGGCUGGCUGCGUCGGCGUUAGAUUCGACCCUACUUAUAAUAGAUCUGGCCAAAUCUAAAUGAAUAUAUAUAUAUAUGUGCCUUAGCAGCAGACUCAAAUAGCAACAGUUGUCGCAUUACCCUCAAAGUCUCAACUUCAAUUUAAAUAACAUGGCUAACCAAAUCCUUGGAAUCGCUGCUUCAAUCCUUGUUCUGUUGUUGGUACCAACCGCCUGGGCUGGUAUUAUUGCCCAACCGGGAUCUGGCAUUAGUUAUCUGAGUGACGAACACGCUGUGGCCCACACCCACCAGGAUGUGAUUAGAAAUUUCGAUGGUACUGUCUCCCACUAUGCCAAAUCGGUGGCCACACCCUACUCUCAAGUUCAUAAACAGGACACAAGAAUUAGCAAUAAUGUGUAUCAGCCGGCCAUUGCCAAGACUUUGACCUAUGCAGCCCCAGCUCCAGCUCCAGCCCAUGUUGCGGUCCAUCAUCAACCCACUCUCUUCACUCAGGCCGCAGCACCAGUAAGCCACAAUCCAGCAGCAGCAGUCUAUCAGCAGCAGUAUGGCCAUAAUCCAUCACCUAUUGUUAGCCAUCAGCCAGCUAUUGUUCAUUAUUCGCCAGCGGAGGCUGUUUCUCAUAUGACUUUCGAUGGCUUUGGCACACAUUGGGGCUACUAAGCGGCAUAGUUAUUAAUUUCUAC